GUGGCGGCAAGAUGGCGGCGCCCGGGGGCUCCGCUGCCUCCUCGGCGCUGAAGGGGUUAAUCCAGCAAUUCACCGCCAUCACGGGUGCCAGUGAAAGUGUAGGCAAGCAUAUGCUUGAAGCAUGCAACAAUAAUCUAGAAAUGGCUGUCACUAUGUUUCUUGAUGGUGGAGGGAUAGCAGAAGAACCAAGCACUAGUUCAGCAAGUGUGUCAAGCCUCCGGCCACAAGCAGAAGAUGAAGUGAGAGCCCCCAUUCCUCAAAAGCAGGAAAUACUAGUAGAACCUGAACCUUUAUUUGGUGCUCCAAAAAGACGUAGACCGGCACGUUCAAUAUUUGAUGGCUUUCGAGAUUUUCAGACAGAAACUAUUCGCCAGGAGCAGGAAUUGAGGAAUGGAGGUGCAAUAGACAAGAAACUUACAACCCUUGCAGACCUCUUCAGGCCUCCAAUUGAUCUGAUGCAUAAAGGAAGCUUUGAAACAGCCAAGGAGUGUGGUCAGAUGCAGAACAAGUGGCUCAUGAUUAACAUACAGAAUGUUCAGGAUUUUGCCUGUCAGUGUCUCAAUCGAGACGUUUGGAGCAACGAAGCUGUGAAAAACAUUAUCCGGGAACAUUUCAUUUUUUGGCAGGUAUAUCAUGACAGUGAAGAAGGCCAAAGAUAUAUACAGUUCUACAAACUGGCAGAUUUCCCGUAUGUCUCUAUCCUGGAUCCUAGGACAGGGCAGAAGCUAGUAGAGUGGCGUCAGUUAGAUGUAACUUCCUUUUUGGACCAAGUGACUGGAUUCCUUGGGGAGCACGGACAACUGGAUGGACAUUCCACCAGUCCUCCCCAGAAACGCACUCGUUCUGAGAGCCUCAUUGAUGCAAGUGAAGACAGCCAGCUGGAAGCUGCUAUCAGAGCCUCUCUACAGGAGACACAUUUUGAAUCCACCCAAGUCAAACAGGACAGCAGAUCUGAUGAGGAGUCUGAAUCUGAGCUUUUCUCUGGAAGUGAGGAGUUUAUUUCAGUUUGUGGUUCUGAUGAUGAUGAACCAGAUAACCCUGCCAAGUCUAGGAAGUCUCCACAUAAGGACUUGGGGUGUAGGAAAGAGGAGAUCAGAAGACCUCAGCCUGAGCCUACAGCAAGGACUGAACCCGAGAUGGUAACAAACCAUCGAGGACUGUCUUACAUAGAUUCUGGGGUGCUAGAGGAAUCUGCCGUUAAGCCAGAAGCUACAGAGAAGGAGCUGAGUAUGAAUGGACCAAAGGCACAGCUAAUGCUAAGGUAUCCAGAUGGGAAGAGGGAACAAAUUUCACUGCCUGAACAAGCUAAGCUUCUGGCUCUCAUCAAACAUGUACAGUCAAAAGGAUACCCCAAUGAACGCUUUGAACUCCUCACCAACUUCCCACGGAGAAAACUUUCCCAUCUGGACUAUGACAUUACAUUACAAGAGGCUGGUCUUUGUCCUCAAGAGACUGUCUUUGUGCAAGAAAGGAAUUAGCUCUUCCAAUCUUCCAUCAUGUCAUCUUUGCCUACAGUACUAUUCCCCAAAUAUGCAGUUGGCAUCAUAAGACUGCGGAGCUGAAAUCAGGCAGUCAUUUGCCAACUUUUCUCCCUCCCUCCUUUAUGCUAUUCUUGGGAAGUCAGUCAUAUGAAAGCAGGGCAGGUUUUACGUGGCUUUGGUGCUGGGGAAAGGUAUGCUUGCUUCAGUGGCCCAUUGCGAUCUCAGAAUAGUCAGGGCUGUCAGUAUGUGCAGCAUGCUGGGGACACGGAGCAGCGAGAGCAAGAAAUGUUUUUUCCUCCCCCUGGGAAACAAAAUCUAUUUUGUUUAAUAUAUUUUAUUUUUCAAGAGGUCAAGUGACCAACCAUUAAGGGCUUCUUUACAUCACCAUUUAAACCUGUGGCAGCUACACGAAGGCAGUCGUGUUUCUGCCACCAUGUGCAGGAUGUGGUUUUCAGCAUGGCAAGCAUGGCUUUUUCCUGGGAUGCCAGUCUGUGCUGAUGGCUGCAAGUACUUAGUGGGUGCGCUCCAUCUGUUUUCCAUGGAUUGGGAGCUGCCACACACAGGCUUUUCAAGGCGCAAACAUAUGUCCAGAUAGUUGUUGAAGAGGCCCCAGGUCUUGCCUACAUGUGAAGGAAAUGUACAGAGUUGCGGGUCUGUAGCACUUUGAUAGCCAUAGCAAGCACAGUUCAAGGAAGGGCACAGAAUCAGCAACAUUUAAACCGUUGUAUGGAUUGAUUUGUAUGUGUUCACCUCUUUUUGUUAUGGAUGGAGUUACUUACUUUAAAGGAAGGUAAUAUAGUUCGUAGAGCUAGUACAGCCUAAUCUUUGUCAUCUAACCCUUCCUACUUAUCUAGAGCCACUAAAAAUUGUGGAAAUUAGGGAUGGCUUCUCAUGUUUCUACCCAGAAUUUACUAACAAUGGAAUAUGGCAAGAUACUGACUCUGAAUGUAAUCAUUAAACCUGUUCUGUCAUAAUUUAAAGCUGUUUUGAUUUUCAGUGUCAGACCGGAAACACGGAGUCUUAGUGCAUUUGUACAGGUGCCACGUUCUUAGAGAAAGCAGUGUAUUUCUUUGGUUAGCUUUAACACACUAACAUCAUUAAAAGGGUAAGAAGGUUUUAGAGUGUUAACACCUGUUAUUCUGACCUUCAUCUGUUCAAGCAGCUGUUUGUCUCACUAUUUUAUAGUCUGCCAGGAGGAUGUCAUUAUCAGUGGGAUGUGGGUCACUUGGGUUGGGCAAUACUUAAUCCCAAACACUGUGUGGUCAUAUUCUCCCCACACAUGUUUUUUCCCAUACUUCUGAGCAGUGCUUGUAUUUCAUUGUGGAAUGAAAACUUUUAAAGUUUUGCUCUUUUCCUUGACAGAUGCUAGUAACAAAUGUAAGGUGACUUUUACAGCUGACAGGUUACACUGUUUGACCUGCAGUUCUGGUAAUCAGUAGGCCAGAUACGAGUUUUAUUAAAACUACACAAUUGGCCAGAUCAGAGCUUGCUGACAAAGAUUUUGACAUCUGCAUAAAGACCCCAGAGCUUCAGUUCUUGAAAACUGAUGCCAGCCAACAUUUUGAAAUGCAUAACCAAGCAAAUGAAAGGAUAAAGCUCAACAUCAUGAUUAAAACCAAACUAGACAGCUACAAAGAACCAUUUAGUUUUCAAUAUAUUCAUUCAAGUCUCUGCUCUUUGCCUCGGUUGAUGAUACCUCUAUCCCUUUCCUCAAGCUGCCUCCUUUUCCUAUUCUUCAACUAGUUUAUCAUCUCUGUGUCCAUUGUCUCCUUUUGGACUCUUCGUUUUGAGCUCCCUUUAUCUCUGCACAUCUCUGCUUGCUCCACAAAUCUGCUUCUAUUCAUAGGAUCUUUGUAAGGUUUCAAUCAAAGUGAUGACUUUUACUCCCCAUCACAAUCAACAAUUGAACUACAAGAAUUCUGACAACUUAGUUCCCUGUCCCUGAGCAUUUGUAGUGUUUGUGAACAUAACAUGCUAUUACAUCAGGUCUGUAGCACUGGUGUCAGAGGCUUCAUUGCCACAGCACAAAUGAAUAUAGAUUACAUUUCUGUUACUACUAUAUGAAUAACAUAUAAUAAGGGUAAUUCAGUAUAACUCCUUGAUGGCAAUUGUCCUCAAGGCUGUGAAAAUUCUGUAUCUGUAUAAACUAACUGAAUCUUGAAUGCUUUCAGUCUUGUCAACAUGUUGUUUUGCUCUUGCCAGCAUAUUUCCAGUUGCUUCACGCUGACUUGAGAGGUGUAGAAGAUUUAAUGUUGAAGACUCUGUUCUCUUAGACUGCUAAUCAGACUACAACAUGUAGCUAUAAAAAGAGAAUUUGUUGGUUUAUGAAGAGCUUGCCCCUUUACACCAGCAGCAGAAAUAGUUGAGCUUUGUCCUCAGAAUUUUUGCAUUCAAAAUGGUGUCUUAAAAACAACCUUGGCCUGAUGCUUUAGAAUGGGUCAAUUAAACGUCUGUCGCAUUAAUCUCUGUUCAAGAUGGCAAUUUCAGGAUGUAUGUGUGAGAACACACUUUGUCAGCUUUCUUCAUAUGAGGGGGAAAUAUGAUUAGAAUGAUCAGUGCUUCCAGAUGGAUUAUGAGACCUAGUAGAGAGAUGGACCUGAGAAAGCCCCGCUAUAGCAGAUAGUGUAAAGAGAUUGGGAAUUUUGUGGGGGAGGGGAGAGCAAUCACUGGUGAUCCAAACAAAGUAUCUUCUGGAGAAAUUCUCUGAUUUGAUCUUUUUAGUUAUUAUUUAGGCAGUUCAGUUGCUCUGAUGUAGCAGUGCUGUUGGAUAAGAUUUUCGUCAUUAACAUAAGCAUCACUGCUUCUCUCUGUCUUGCUGUCUUUAGAACAGUUCACUAUGUGAUGAAUUGUUCGAAGAUACACUGCAUAUGAGAGAUCUGGACAUUAAUGUUUCCGUAAAGAGCCUUAACAGCCAAAAAGCAGCAUAUGUAAAAUUAAAUCUAAAUGCUAAUUUGAAAAUUUUAAAAGCAACUGUUCUUAAGGUAUUUUACAGGCUUACUGUUCAAGAAGAAAUAUGGGACAAAUUAAUUUUGAGAUGUAAGCUGUGCAUUUAUGCCUUGUUUGGGAUUGUACUCAAUAGCCUGGAGACUGGGCAAAAAUCAUCCUCUCUGUGUUAACUAGAAUAGCUUUCUCUGUGCCAUUGCUGCUGAAGAGACAGUUUCAGCAAAGUUUCUGUGCAGGAGCCCUCUUUUUUAUUUCAGUUUGGGGGGGGGGGUUGCCAUUUUUGUAGCUUAUGACUGGGACUAUGAGCACUCUCGCUCCUUACUCCCAUGUUUUUGCAACUAACUAUUCUAGCCCCAUCUGACAAAUCAUUCCUGAAAGGUGGGAGGAGAUUUUGAUGCAAUAUAAGGAGUAUGGCAAAUGAUCAAGAAUGACGACGUCUGGUGGCAAAAGCAACACCCCAAAAAGUUCAAAGCUGUAGCAGUAAUAAGGCAACCUCUGAAAGGGAAGGAGACAAGCUGUUACCUAACAAACUCUGCGAACAUACAAUAUGGAUAUUAUUGUAAAAGAAUAUGGUACCCUUUAGGACAUUUAAGUUGACUUUUAAAAGUUGGAUUGUCUUGUUAAAUUGAUAAAGUUUUAUAGCUUGAGCUGUACAAAACUGACUUGCUACGUUUUCUGUAGAAGCUAUUUCCUUUGUAAUUAAGAGAAUUCUAAGGUAGGUGGGGGAAGAGAAGAUUUCAGCUUGCUGUGAUGGGAAGGACCAAAUUCAAGGCAACCUCUAUACAUACAACUACUACAUUUUUAUAAAUAUGUGUAAAUGUCCUUCCUAUUGUAAUAUUUUGAUCCUGAAAAUAAAGCAGACUUUUUCUCUAA